CUCACACACACUCGUCUACACACCCGGUGGUCAAGAUGAACUACACACACUUUGGUGCUGGUCUCAUCCUCAUCCUCGUCCUCAUCCAGAGCAGCCUGGAGAACCCGCUACAAGACAACAUGAUCAGUUCAGAGACAGAUUCGGGUUUCCUGGAGGAAAGAAAAGACGUGGCACGGGCAAAGCGGCAUUCAGAGGGCACUUUCUCCAACGACUACAGCAAAUACCUGGAGACACGGCGGGCGCAGGAUUUUGUACAGUGGCUAAUGAACUCCAAGAGGAGCGGCGGCCCAUCACGACGCCAUGCUGACGGCACUUACACCAGCGACGUCAGCUCCUACCUGCAGGACCAGGCGGCGAAGGAUUUUAUCACCUGGUUAAAAAGCGGACAGCCUAAAUCAGAUGGUGCUGGUACGAGAAGCAUAGAAACAAUUAACAGGAGACACGUGGAUGGAAGCUUCACCAGUGACGUCAACAAGGUGCUGGACAGCAUGGCUGCCAAGGAGUACCUCCAAUGGGUCAUGAACUCCCAGUCAUCAGGAAGUGGGAAACGACACUGAAACUAGGAGAAACACACAGUGCUUCCUGACCAGAUGGAUUUUAUAUUUUGGACAUUGCUCUCCACACCAAAUCUUCAAUUCAAGCCAUACAUAUGUGUUUUGUUUUAUUGUUUGUACUGAUUAUUUAUUUACCAGAGAUCUGUGCUAUGCCAUAUGAGAUGAUAGAUAUUUUUCUAUAGAUUUAAGCUCUUUUAUAUAUUUAUGAUAGAGUUAAGUUAUAGAGAAGGUUUUUUUGACACUCAGGAAAAUGUUGCAUACUCUCAGGUUAGCGAGAAUGAAAUUAAGUAUCAAAAAUAUAUAAUGUACACGGUGCCCUCUACAAAAUAAAUCUUAUGUUCAGUA